GGACGGACUGCAGGGACUUGCCCGCUUCAGGACGCAAACCUGCUCUUUGGGAGGAGGAGGACGCAGCAGCCAUGGCAAUCAACUUCAAAGGCGCUGCAGCUACUGCGGCUAUCGCCAUGGGAUUGAUGUUCCACCUCCUCCUGAUCUACAGAGCGGGCAAGAGAAGACUGACCACCAGGGAACACCGCAACUCUCCUCCUGCAAGAGCACCAGGGCGUGGGAUCAUUGCUGCCAUUGGAAACACACCACUCAUCAAAAUCGAGAGUCUUUCCAAGGAAACUGGCUGCGAAAUUCUUGCUAAAGCUGAGUUCUUGAACCCCGGUGGGAGCAUUAAGGACAGGAUAGCCGUCAAAAUAAUCCAGGAGGCUCUUAACUCAGGGGACCUCGUUGAAGGUGGUGUGGUGAUUGAAGGAAGUGCCGGGAGUACAGCCAUUAGCCUUGCGACAGUUGCUCCUGCAUUUGGAUGUAAAUGCCAUGUGGUUAUCCCUGAUGAUGCAGCUAUUGAGAAGUCUCAAAUACUGGAAGCUCUUGGUGCAACUGUAGAAAGAGUCAGACCAGUCUCUAUCACUCACAAGGAUCAUUUUGUCAAUGUUGCAAGGAGAAGAGCCUCUGAAGCAAAUGAAAUUGCAAGAAGACAUCAGGAAAUGGAGAAAAUAGGAAGGAAGAAUGAGUAUCCUGGCUUCUGCAAUUUACAGGAAGAAAAACCUCAUCCAGUCUUUCCAAGAGGCUGUAAAGGCGGGUUUUUUGCUGAUCAGUUUGAAAACCUGGCCAACUUUCAAGCCCAUUACGAAAGCACAGGUCCAGAGAUCUGGGAACAGACAGGGGGCAGUCUUCAUGCAUUUGUGUCAGCUGCAGGCACAGGUGGAACCCUUGCUGGUGUUUCUCGCUUUCUACAGGAAAGAAACCACGACAUCAAGUGCUUUCUGGUUGACCCUCCUGGCUCGGGUUUAUACAACAAGGUCACGAGGGGAGUCAUGUACACACGUGAAGAGGCAGAAGGCCGCAGAUUAAAGAAUCCUUUUGAUACAAUAACUGAGGGGAUUGGAAUAAACCGCUUGACCAAAAAUUUCAUGAUGGCUACUAAACUUGAUGGAGCUUUCAGAGGCACAGAUAGAGAAGCAGUGGAAAUGUCUAGGUAUCUGCUUAGGAAUGAUGGAUUAUUUUUAGGGAGUUCUUCAGCCAUGAACUGUGUUGGAGCUGUACAUGCAGCACGGUUACUGGGGCCUGGUCAUACAAUUGUUACCAUUCUGUGUGACAGUGGGAUGCGGCAUCUUAGCAAGUUCUGUUCUCCUCAAUAUUUAGCAGAGCACGGCCUGACACCUAGAGCCACUGGCUUAGAGUUCCUUGACAGCUAAAACUAAAUUGUUAUCUGAAAUGGCUUUCUUUUUACCUGUUUGUAGCUUCUCAUCCUGAGACUGUUUAUUUUUUGUCACGGAAUGUUUGUUAAAUUACAUAGUUAAAGGUGAGGUGAAUAGGAUGAGAUGCAAGCUGCCAAUACAGCGGUGCCUUUUGUAACUGAUGAUAUUUGAUGGGGACAGAACAUUUUGAAGAGGGUGAAAGGGCCCUUCCUAUAGGCUGACAAGUUUGAAAAUAUGAGUACUUGCUGUGUUAUCCUGGAGAGAAGAAGGAAAUUUCCUCUCUCCUGUGUUGCUGGUGGCAUGGUGC